ACUGGACCAUCACCAAAAAGCAUGUCUUCCUUCAGUCCAUGGAUCUUCACUGUUGAUUCUGCUUCUCAUGACAGAACCUACAGCAACUCUAUAACCCUUGGCACAACGUCACCAUUCCUGGAAUUGGACUUGCACGGUCCCUUGCAGAAGAAGAUGUCAAAAUGGCUUCAUGUGCUGAUGAAAUAUGUUCUUAUAUUUAUCUUUACCCAGGGGAGCUGCAAUCUAAAAAGGUUAUCUUCAAAUGGAUGGAAUCGUAAAAGCCAGAAUGAUAUUCAUCAGCUGCACCAUUAUCUCCUGAUGCAUGCCUGCAUAUUGUUUCUCAGCGUGUUGACAUUAUCAAAAUCUCAUCAUUUCCAUUUCAGUAACUCCUGAUAAGAUCACUAUUUAUUUAGUGCAAUCCUCUCUAGUUAUUUAUUGAAGGGUUGUAAUGUAGCUAGUUUUGAUUGGUUUGGAUAGGUCCCCAAAUUCGAAGAUUAUAAAAUCACCGGACAAGAGUACAUGGACUGCAAAAGAUGUUGCUGAUCUGUUUUGGCUGACAAGUCUACAUUGGUGUUGUUCCACCUUAUUUCUAAAAGCAUUUUGUUUUAAGGCUGAUAAGUAGACAUCUUUUCUUGACUACAUAGAAAUAGACAUAUGAUAUAGUACAAGUAACAGAUGUGAUUAUCGUGUUGUGAAGAGUUUUCCUUUUAAAGUUAAACUAGGACUAAAAUUAAUGUCAAUAGUGAUCUUCUAAACCUUGGCCAAUGGCCAUUAUAGAGUAUCCCUGACCUUAUUCUCCGAAAGUCUAGUGUUCUGAUUUCAGUGCCCAGUUAAAAUUUCUUGCAGCGGGUUACCACUCAGUAUAUGGCUGAGAGUUCAGUUCUUGAUGCACCGUUAGCCUUACUUGUCAUGCCCUCCAUUAGCCUUUCUGUUUGCAGCAUAUUAUUAAUUGUUGUAAUAUGGCCUGAUGAACCAACAUUUUUUGAGG